UUUGAAGGCGGGGCUAGUCAGUUUAUAAAAGCAGCACGAUUAUUGUUUCACAUUUCAAAGAAACUGGGGGCAUCUAUUAAUUGGGGUAGAGGUUUUGCUACCUCCAGCUCGAGCUCAGCGCGAACUUAGUCCCCUUUGGCGCCAUCAGGAAUCAACGCAUCACGGAAAAAGUUAGUACCAUGGAGAGCUCAGGGAUACUGGUCGGGCUACUGUGCAUCAGCCUCGUGUCCGUCUUAUGUUGCGGACAAUCGCGGGAAGUGUCCGCAGAGGAAUUUGAAGCGAAGAAAUCUCCCGAUUCCACGGAGAAAGAGCUCUUGGAGGCAAUGGAGGACCUGCUGGGAAAGUUUCAGAGCAGACUACCGUCAACCGAGAAGAGAGGGAGCAUCCCGCUGUGUGGGGUAGGGGACCGCUGUGCUGUGAGGCUGGGGCCACGCAUCGGGAAGCUCUGUGACUGCGCCGGGAGACGCAACUGUAACUCCUUCCUCCUCAAGUGCAUCUAGAACCCUUUCUCCCUCUCUCCUGCACGAAUUUUGCCACGACUAGAGGCAGAGAAAAUGAUACCUGGCCUGGCUGAAUAUGUUUGUCUUACAAAAACAGCGUCACCCCAAGAGUUUCACAAGGUCCAUGAUGUAUUUUUGCUUUCUUAUUCUUCUGUCUCUUGUCCUUCCUUUAAUAUUCAAAGGAAUGUAGUCAAGCUGUGUGUUUUGCUUGUAUAUGAAUUAUGUGUGUAUUGUUUGCAAAAUAAAUAAAGGUAUUGUUCACCACCCUAAA